AGGGUGCUGGUCUGUACAAACAUCUUUGUAAAGCUUGUCAUCUUUGAAAACUUCAGGCCAGGUCAGUGCGGGAGCUUAAAAUCUCAACCAUCCUGAACAUGGCAGAAGGUGGAUCCGUGUUUUCGUCGCUCAGCUUUUACUUUGAGGAUCUUUAUGAAGAACUGAAUGUAACCACCGACUUCAAUCUGACAACCUACAGCCCUGAUCCAAGGAAAUCACCAUGUCCCGUGAAGAUGCUGGAACCCAACGCAGCUCUGUCCCUGUGUUGCAUCCUCAUACUCAUCUUUUUACUGGCAGUACCAGGAAACCUGUUAGUGGGGUGGGUGAUCAGCACCAGCAGACAGGCCCUGACUCCAUCGGAGGUGUACUUGUUUCAUCUGACGAUAGCAGAUGGUCUGUUGGCCCUCACCAUCCCGUUCUGGGCUGUAGCAGUGGUCCGAGGAUGGAUCUUUGGAGACUUCAUGUGCAAAUUCCUCAGUCUUAUUGUGGAGGCGAACUUCUACACCAGCAUCAUCUUCCUGGCGUGUAUCAGCAUCGAUCGUUAUCUUGUGAUCGUGCGCGCCAGUGACAGUGUCAAGAGUCGCCAGAGGAUGUGCAGCCGGGUCCUCUGUGCGGGAGUCUGGGCCCUCGGUUGGGCCCUCAGUCUGCCUGCGCUUUUCAACGAUGCCACCAAGCUCAACAAUAACACAGACAUAAUGAUUUGCUCGGAAACCUUCGACAUUGGCAGUGCCACCUCGUGGAGACUCGCCACCCGUGGAUUGCGCCAUAUUUUUGGUUUUUUGCUCCCUCUGUGCAUCAUGAUGGUGUGCUACAGCAUCACCAUUGCGAGGCUGCUGCGCACUCGUGGUUUCCAGAAGCACCGGGCCAUGAGGGUGAUCUCAGCCGUGGUGAUUGCAUUUGUGCUGUGCUGGACACCAUACCAUGUAACCAUGAUCGUAGACACACUGAUUAGGGGUGAUGUGAUACCAUAUGGCUGUGCCAUGAGGAUGUCAGUGAACCUGGCCUUGUUUACAACCAACAGUCUGGGUCUGCUCCACAGCAGCAUCAACCCGGUCCUCUAUGCGUUCGUGGGGGAGAAGUUCAGGAAAAAGAUGAUGCAGCUUUUUCAAAGGAAGUUCAGGCAGGAGAGGUUGUCAGGGUCAAGGUUCAGCAGGUCCACAUCUCAGACCUCAGAAGGAAGUGGAACUGUUUUCUGAAAGCGGAACUGUUUUCUGAAAGCAGAACUGUUUUCUGAAAGCUUUGGAGCGAUGGAUCUUUUAAAACACAGCACACUUCCAAGUUUAUUUUUUCAUUCCAGAGAGGAAGGUGCUCUCCCAAAUCCAAAUCACACUUUUCAAAAUUCAAGUACAAGAGCUUUUGCUACCCACAAACUGUAAAUUCCCCCUUCAGACUGUAAUAAUUAUAAAUUGAUCUUCAAGACACAGCCAGUGCCACAGAAUAGACAAACCAACCAGGGAAAAGGUAGGUUACUUAUGAUAUAAUGAUUAUGUUUUAAAAUAAGAGCAUUUAUUAUAGUGUAGUCUUUUUUCUUGAAGCUAUAUCCAUCUGAUGUCCAGAAAGCUGUGUUUGCCCUGCACAGGAUUUUUCUGUAUGCUUACAGUACUGUUUAAUAUUCUACUCUUGGAUUACGUUGUACACUGCUGCCAUCUACUGAGCUCAAUCACCUAUAGCCACGAAUUCCAGCCUGUGAUUUGAUCAAGUCUGUGUAUAUUUUUCUCAUUAAGUAUUUUUGUUGCUACAAAGUGAAACACUUUUGAUGUGGUGACAUAUAUUGUGGAUCUGUUCAACUGGAUGCCUUUAACUACUGUGCACACUGCAGUAGACCGUCCCAUGUACUAUGUUUCCGUGUUUAUUUAAGUAUGACUUAAAGUCUUUUGAGCUUUGAAGUUUGUAUUUACAGCUGGCAGUUACACGCUUUGCAACCUUCCCUGAACAGACUGAUUUGUUCCUGUGGAUUUGUGGUUGGUUCAUUUUCACAGGGUCUGUUUUGCCAAUAAAAUCAUUAAUAACUCACCUGUCUGAUAUGCAAAACUUUUGAAACUUGACCUUGACAACUGGGAAACCUGUCUGUGCUGUUACAAGCAGCUACAAAAUGAUUUAAUACAUUUGUUUUCUCAAAAUACACAAUAGUAAUAAUAUUAUGUUAUUCAUUACAGUAUUGCAUAUUAUUAUAUUGACACAUCUGCAUA